GCCAGCCAUAACCCAGUAGGUGACUAUCUCUAAUUACUCGAUUUGUAACGAGAGUGACAACUCUCGCGAAGUUUCCAAACUUUGCUUGCUGGGUGAUGCGUUCACUGACGCCGUUGCUCGUUGUGUACUGAAUGACUAACACGUCACGUGUGAAACCUGUCAAACAAGAACGUUUUUAUUCAUAUUCAACAAGCUACAGGCCUACCGAAAUGAGAUGUUCUUAUUUAAACGGGGAUAGCAGGUCCAUUCUAUGUGUCAUACUUGAUCAUUUCGCGAUAUUGCCAUAUUUGUGUUGAAAGGAUUUAGUAGAGAACAUCGACGUGAAAGUUCGCAACUUUUGGUUGCUAAUACAAAAGCCUUGCCUGUGUACCUGAAGUAGCAGACGAUGUGCGCGUGACGUCACGGGUUGUCGGGCUCCUCACAUCCUCACAUUGUUUACAAUCAUAGCCACCAGUAGCUAGAGCGAUUCGGACCAGGAAAGUGACGAUUCCCCAUUAAUUUGAGCGAGGAUGAAAGAUCUGUGGAUGAGGAAAGUGAGAGUGAAGGACUAGAAGAAGAAAAAAAGACGAGGGCAGUGGGAGCGAUUCAGAUGUUGUUAGACACAUUUACUAGGAUAAUUCUAGAAAAUCCCUUAUCUGCUUAUUGUGUUACUAGAGUUUUAGUGAGAUUAUAUAGUCAUACCUGAAAGUCGGAGGGGUGUGGUGACCACCAGUGUCUCAGAGGGAAGCCAUGGAGGAGACAAAAAAGUUGCAGCUGCUUCUUUGACAACUGCAGGAAGAACGACACAAGCUCCGCUCAUGUUUACGUGCACUCUCCGCCGAGCUGAGAACUCCUGCGAGCGGCGGCCAGCCUCCUGGGCCUCGGCGCGACGAUGACCGAGCUGGUGGUGAAGUGGGCCUGUGAAUACUGCACCUUCGAGAACUGGCCGUCGGCCAUCAAGUGCACCAUGUGCCGCGCUCAGAGGCCCAGCGGGGGCGCCAUCAUCACCGAGGAGCCCUUCAAGAGCACCCCGGCUCUGGAUGCCAGCUUGCACCAGUGGGAUCCGGCGGAGCUAAGCAACAGCUCGUCCCAGGAGGGAUCCUCUUUGCUCAUUUGCCCCGAUUCCAGCGCGAGACCGCGGGUUCGCGUCGCCGACGGCCCUGCGACUAGCAGCAAGUGGUCUUGUCACAUGUGCACCUACCUGAACUGGCCCCGGGCCAUCCGCUGCACUCAGUGCCUGUGUCAAAGGCAACACACUAGCCAUCAAGGACGCCCGCAGGCCCGCAGCCCCACGGAGGCCCCCCAGACCUCGGGCUCCGGAUGCCGCCCUGCGUCCUCGUGCACCACCACAGACCCGUGUGAGGAGUACAACGACCGCAAUAGGCUCAACACACACGCACAGCACUGGACCUGCAGCGCCUGCACUUACGAGAACUGGUCUAAGGCGCUCAAGUGUGUGGUGUGUGACCACCCGCGGCCCAACAACAGCCUGCUGGCCGAGCCCAUCCAACUGGCGCCCGAGCGGCAGCAGCCGUCCUCAAAGUUCAUCGACGCGGACCAGAGCAACAGACGGGGCGUCGGGAGCCCGGCGGGGGGUCCGGGAGUCGGGGCGGUGGUCGGUUGCAGCGGCAGCCAAAGGAGGUCGCCGCCUUCCUCCAAGCGUGAGUCGGAGGUGACCAUGGACUUUCAAAGGAUCGAGGUGGCGUCGGGGGCCGGAGUCGGGAUUAAAGAGGAGCUGGAGGUGGAUUACAAAAAACUGAAGCAGAUUAAGAACAGGAUGAGGAGAACGGACUGGCUGUUCCUCAACGCCUGCGUCGGUGUGGUGGAGGGCGAGCUGGCGGCCGUGGAGGUGUACAAAACAUCAGGAGGCGACAUCGCCAGGCAGCUGACCUCAGACGAGGUGCACCUGUUGAACCGCCCCUCUGCCUUCGACCUGGGCUUCACCCUGGUCCACCUCGCCAUACGCUUCCACCGCCAGGACAUGCUGGCCCUGCUGCUCACUGAGGUGUCCCAACAGGCCGCCAAGUGCAUCCCAGCCAUGGUGUGUCCCGAGCUGACCGAGCAGAUCCGCCGCGAGGUGGCCGCCUCCCUCCACCAGCGCAAAGGAGACUUCACCUGCUACUUCCUCACCGACCUGCUCACCUUCACGCUGCCUGCAGACAUUGAGGACUUGCCACCAGCAGUUCAAGAAAAACUCUUCGAUGAGGUUUUGGACCGAGAUGUGCAAAAAGAACUGGAAGAGGAGUCGCCCAUCAUCAACUGGUCCUUGGAGCUGGCCACCAGGCUGGACAGCCGGCUGUACGCCCUGUGGAACCGCACGGCUGGGGACUGCCUGCUGGACUCGGUGCUGCAGGCCACCUGGGGCAUCUACGACAAGGACUCGGUGUUGCGCAAGACGCUGCACGACAGCCUGCACGACUGCUCCCACUGGUUCUACACACGCUGGAAGGAGUGGGAGUCCUGGUAUUCCCAAAGUUUCGGUUUGCACUUUUCUCUCCAGGAGGAGCAGUGGCAGGAAGACUGGGCGUUUAUCCUCUCGCUGGCAAGUCAGCCAGGAUCCAGCUUGGAGCAGACGCACAUCUUCGUUCUUGCACACAUUCUUCGCAGGCCCAUCAUCGUCUACGGAGUGAAGUAUUACAAAAGUUUCCGUGGGGAAACGCUGGGGUACACUCGCUUUCAAGGUGUGUACCUGCCCCUCCUGUGGGAGCAGAGCUUCUGCUGGAAAAGUCCCAUCGCCCUGGGCUACACGCGCGGACACUUCUCGGCGCUGGUGGCCAUGGAGAACGACGGCUUCGACAAUCGCGGCGCGGGCGCCAACCUCAACACGGACGACGACGUCACCGUCACCUUCUUGCCGCUGGUGGACAGCGAGAGGAAGCUGCUUCACAUUCACUUCCUGUCAGCGCAGGAGAUGGGCAACGAGGAGCAGCAGGAGAAGCUGCUGAGGGAAUGGUUGGACUGCUGCGUGACGGACGGCGGCAUCCUGGUGGCGCUGCAGAAGAGCUCGCGGCGCCGUGACCACCCGUUGGUGACGCAGAUGGUGGAGAAGUGGCUGGACCGCUACCGGCAGAUCCGAGCCUGCGCCUCGCUGUCUGACGGCGAGGAGGAGGAGGAGGACGAGGACGAGUGACCCGGGUUGUUGUUUUCCCUGACACAGACAAAGUGGUGAGAUGCAAGAGAGAAUGUACCAAGCAUGUUUCUACCAGCAGCAUACAUGAGGUCGUACGCGCACUGACUCCAAAUACAAAGCACAUUUCCAAAUUGUCGUCUUUUGGACAAAGCCAUUUUUGGGAAAGUUGUUCUGCACAUGGAUUAUUCAAUAUCAAAUCUAAAAUGGAGAUUUUGAAGAAGGGACAAUUUCCCUUUUUUUUUUUUUUAUUCAUAAGUGGACUCGCACUAGUUGUCAUUUUUGGACGUCCUAUCUUGUUCCUUUUAUUCCACAUAUUUAUUGUUUGUACUUGACCUACUUCCUUUUUGUUUAUUGUUUGUACUUGACCUUCUUCCUGUUUGUUUAUUGUUUGUACUUGACCUUCUUCCUGUUUGUUUAUUGUUUGUACUUGACCUUCUUCCUGUUUGUUUAUUUUUUGUACUUGACCUACUUCCUGUUUGUUUAUUUUUUGUACUUGACCUACUUCCUGUUUGUUUAUUGUUUGUACUUGACCUACUUCCUGUUUGUUUUCCUGCUUCUUUUGUUGACUCGAUCUUUAUGAAGACACGUUGCACAGAAAGAAGGUAAAAAUUUUACUUUUGCGUCUUAUUCGUACCUCAAGCCUGCGACUCGGUGCUUUUCUUUCGGUUUUUUGGAGGGGAACCGGAGGCCCAUGUUAAUCUUCUACUAAAGGUCAUCUGUCUUUUUGUGUGAAAAUUCUCUUCAACACAUAAAAAAAACCAAAGCAGAUUUAAAACACUUCAGUUUUUUUGGGUUUUGCUGUGAAAGUUUGGUUUGUUGUCGCCAUCUUGUAGCAUAAUGUCCUUUUAUUUGGUUCAUGUUGCUUUGUAUUUAUGCAAUAGUUGCAUUUUUGUUUGGGACUUGAGGCCUGACUAUACGACAUGUAACAAAGACGUGGCAAAAAUCAAGGACAAAAAUAAAACAUUUUUCAAUGUU